AAUAAGAUUUACUUUUAUUGGUCACUUUCACAUUUGUAUUUUUAUCUAAUAAAUUAACGAGAUAUAAAAUCAUUGAGACGGCGGACGCUUGAAUGAAAUUAAUUAAUCCAAAUUUAACGGUGAAAUUGCAAGUGAGGAGGCCUAGUUACAGCAGUAUUGACCACUUUCAUUAUUACGAUCACUCUCUCCUCGACAGGGUGUUGUAGGCAUUUGAUUACAAUUGGACAUGUUAGUGCUAUGGGCUUCAAGUUGCACUUGUUGCCUAGUGUGAUCGUAUUUUUCUUAAUUUUUAGCAUAUCCUUAACUCAAGCAGAUUGUGGCCGAAGCGUUAGGAGAUCGAGACAGCCCAGAUACGGAUCUUUGGGUCGCAUCAUCCAUGGAAAACAAAGUGUAAGAGGCGCGUGGCCAUGGCAAGUGUCACUGCAACUCUUACAUCCUCAAUUUGGAUUUCUCGGACACUGGUGCGGUGGUGUAAUGAUUUCAAAUGAAUGGCUUCUGACUGCCGCACAUUGUAUUAAUAACGACCUCUUCAAUUUACCAUUACCAGCUUUGUGGACGGCAGUUUUGGGAGAUUGGGACAGAAAUGUGGAAGAGCAUUCGGAGGAGCGAAUACCAGUUGAAGAAAUUAUAUUACACGAAAGAUUUCACAACUUUCAGCAUGAUAUUGCAUUAGUGAAACUAUCUCGGCCAGUUAAACUGGUGGGCGAAAGUCGUAUUCGGGCAGUUUGUUUGCCGAACAAGCGCUUAACAUACAACGAUACGGGUAUGUGCAUUGCAACCGGCUGGGGGAGAGAUGCCGAGAAUGGAAUAUUGGCCGGUAAACUAUUGGAGACCAAAGUUCCGGUUCACGACAAUGCUAUUUGUAGAAAAAAAUAUGGACACUCCGUUAACAUCAGGUCAGGACACUUGUGCGCAGGACAUCUUGAUGGAUCUACUGGCACAUGUGUGGGUGAUUCCGGAGGACCGCUGCAAUGUGCCAUGAGUGAUGGCAGAUGGAUACUUGCUGGAAUAACGUCGUUUGGCUCUGGUUGUGCAAAACCCGGCUUCCCUGAUGUCUAUACGAAACUAUCGUAUUAUAUGCCAUGGAUUAAAGCGAAAACAUCAAUUGUACCUAGACCGUAAAUUAGUGUGAUAUGAUUCUUUUUGACAAUACUUAGAUAGUAAUUAUUGUAUAGGUCACUUUUUGUCAAUUUUGACUCAUACAAUUGAAUCUACGUAUCUUUGAAAUAAUAAGACUGCGCAUAUAAUACUUAUGUAGUACUUUGAAUUUAACAGCUUAUGAAAGAUGACAUCUGGUACAUAUAGCAUGAAAAGAAGAUAGAAGAGUUACUCAUCCGCCGCAUAAUACUUUAAAUAUUUCCCAAAUUUUAAGUAAAUUUGAUGUACUCAAUAAAAUAUCAAUUUAAUGUAAUUAUGCAACAAUAGUAAAGCAAACU